AUGAGUACAAGCACCAAACUUAGUGAGGAUCUCACAGGUAAGUCUGUUGAUCAUACUCUCUACAGAAGUAUGAUUGGUAGUAUUCUUUAUCUCACUGCUAGUAGACCUGACAUAUCCUAUAGUGUUGGGGUUUGUGCUCGUUUUCAGGCAAAUCCCAAGGAAUCGCACUUGGAGGCAGUAAAAAGAAUUAUACGUUAUGUAUCAGGUACAAUGAAUUGUGGCUUCUACUUUACAUUUGAUACUAACGUUGAAAUUGCAGAUUAUUCAGAUGCAGAUUGGAGAGGAAACUUGAAAGAUCGGAAAAGUACAUCUAGUGGUUGCUUCUUUGUGGGAAACAACAUGGUGGCCUGGCAUAGCAAGAAGCAAAAUUGCAUAUCACUUUCCACAGCUGAAGCAGAGUAUGUGGCUGCUGGUAGCUGCUGUACUCAGAUGUUAUGGAUGAAGCAAAUGCUUCGUGACUACGGAAUCUCAAAAGGUAAGUUGACCAUAUUUUGUGAUAACUCAAGUGCUAUCAAUAUUUCCAAAAAUCCAGUGCAACAUUCACGCACGAAGCAUAUUGACAUGAGAUAUCACUUUAUCCGAGACUUGGUUGAGAAAGAAAUACUUGAACUUGCAUUUGUUCCCACUGAGUAUCAAUUAGCAGACUUGUUCACAAAACCCUUAGAUAAUGCACGAUUUGAAUCACUUAGAAGUGUCAUUGGUGUUCUAAGUUCUGAAACUCUUUCUUAA